AAUAAAUGCAUGGGAAAUGUCCCCACGCACGCAAAGACUACCUUCAAUGUUGACAUUUCAGGAUGAAAACAAUCAGCUGAAGAAGGAAAUUGUGUCAUGUCAUAUUGCUCCCUUAUUUAACGCCUUCAGAAACAUGUGGAGUUUUGAAGGAGACUACCGUCGUAAGCCACAACAGAGGCUCGGGGGAGCCAGUCGGGCCAGGAACAUAGAGCGGUCGGACCUUUUGAGCCAGUUGAAGUCUGACAGAGAGGAACGUGAGAGACAACGGAGGAGAGAAGCAGCAACGCUCACAAUCCAGUCAUGGACACGGGGGAUGCUGAGCCGAAGGAAGACCAAGCAGGAGUUGCGACAGCAGUGUGACAGUGUUCUAGCCCAAGCCAAGUCUCAGGGAAUUACUGAACCUGCAGCCAGAAAAUUGAUAGCUUUACUGAUUAGAAUAUAUAAUGCAAAGGAAGACAGUGAGAGACUGCUCCAGACCUGCCAGUUGGUGGUGGUGGAACAUCAGCGUCUGUCAGGGUGGGUUUGCGCUUCCUUCCAUCAGUGGAUGUACCUUCUGCCCAGACUUGCAAACAUGGCGUUGGUUUCCGUCACAAGCUCACAUGAUGGACAGUCUGCCAUGCCACAUGCUUCUCCAUUAAGACUCCUGCAAAUACUAAUGUCUCCUGACAGUUGGAAGACAAAGCUAUCAGAAAGCAACAAGCAGAUCUUCCUACUAUCACUUUAUUCAUAUUUAAUUAGCAAAGAUUAUUAUCACCAAGUGGUCCACUUGAUGGUGACGCGUGUCCCUGAUAUUUACGAGCCCUCACCCGUAGCCCCCACAGCCCUUGCAGAUGCACUCCUGCAGCUGCUUUUGUCUCCAGUGUCCUUUGCUUUAUCACUAGAUGAAUCAACAUUAUUGUCUUCUGUGAUAGACGAACUGUGCCAGGAAAUCUUUGGCAAAGCCUCCCACACCCAGAUUUCCAACUAUGUCAUUCCAUGUCUGGCCUUAAGAGAGAACUUCAAGCUGCCUGUAGACAAGAUUGUAGCCGUCUUGGGCAGUCGAUCAUCCAAGUUCCUUAAGGCUUGUCCAGCUCCACCUUUGCUCUAUUCACUACUCAUGCUCGUUCGGUCGAAUGCUGAUUUCUCAGAUUCACACGCAUUGUGCGAUUACCUUCAAGCCAUAAGCGAUUUAUUAGGGGGAACAACGACCUAUCUCCUCAGCGAAGUGAAUGAUGUUGACUCUGACUCAGAUGAUGAUGACACGAUGGAUUCAACAGAAGCCAUAGAUCCAGUAUUACGCAAGCUUGCAGAGGAGUGUGUGGCCAUAGUCAACAGCACAGAACAUGUUGGAUGGCUAUUGAGUCAUGUGGAACGGCAAGUCUCUCCAGAGGUGCUGCUCCACUUCUCAAGGCUAACCCAUCAUCUUCUGACGGCACCAUCACUGCAGCUUCACCAGUGCAGAUUGUUGUAUAGUGUGGUCGCCCGGCGUCAACUUUUGAGGUCCAUGUGGGUGGUUCUCUCUGGCCUUCAGCAGGGAGCACCCCUGCCUGGAAAUGCAAACACUACCACAUGGACAUUUGGUGUUCGAGGAGCUCCCUUGUUGCAAGUGUUGGCACGAGGUACCCCCUUGGCUGCACAUGAACGUGAUACCCUUAUCCCACUGCUUUCCACAUUCUGUGCCACUCUGACUGCGGUUCUGUCCACUCUCCAUGAUUCUGAGUUUCUUGGCGACCAAGACGAAACAGGUGAGCAGCGAUUUCCCAAAACAACAGAUAACCACUUCCCCUUCACUGUGGAGGAGCUUAUUAAGAUGUCAGCAAGCCUCAGGGAUGUGUGUGUUGGGCUGGUGGAACUUGCCCAUCCGGACGUGAGAAUGUCUGCUAUGACAGACACGUCUUACAAAACCAUGUGGGCACAUUGCUUUAAGGUGUGUGUGGGAGUGGUCCGUCAAAUACACUUAAGAGAUACCAGACGUAUGUUCUGUCCGAAAGGACAUUGGCUGAGUACCCGUGUGUCACUACCUCUUGGGAAUUGCCAGACAGUAUCCUUUGUACCACGCACAAGUCGAAGGCAAAGGAGAUUGUUCAUGCCCCAGAGGUGGCUCACUAGAGAUGAAUUAGAGACUGAAGGCCCACCGCUCUCAAUAACAGAGCAGCGCAGGGCAACCAUCCUCCAGGAACUCCCAUUUGUGAUUCCCUUUGAGUCUCGAACACAGGUCUUCAGCAACCUAGUAGCUGAUAAUAGGAGCAGGAGCCAAAUGAGGGCAGAUUUCAAUGAAGGGCCUAUGAUUAAUGUGACCAUUAGAAGAACACAUAUCUAUGAAGAUGCCUUUGAAAAGUUAUCACCAAGCAAUGAGCCAGAUUUGCACCUACGAAUGAGAGUCCGACUCAUGAACGCUGUUGGUUUGGACGAGGUGGGCAUUGAUGGUGGUGGCAUCUUUCGAGAGUUUUUAUCAGAACUCCUGAAGACGGCCUUUGACCCGACUCGAGGAUUUUUCCUUUUAACACGAGAAAAUACUCUCUACCCCAAUCCAGGAUCACAUCUCAUAGCUGAAGAUUAUCAGACUCAUUAUUACUUCAUUGGUAGGAUGUUAGGAAAGGCUCUUUACGAGAAUCUCUUAGUUGAAGUUCCACUAGCAGGAUUCUUUGUGUCUAAAAUUUUGGGGAGAUCCUCAUCCUCAGUAGAAUUCCAUCACCUGGACUCCCUCGACCCAGAACUCUGUCGAAACCUCUUGUACCUGAAGACUUAUGAAGGGGAUGUCCAGGACCUUGGGCUGGAUUUCACGGUUCUCAACUCUGAUCUAGGACAAAAUACGAUUGAAGAACUAAUUCCAAAUGGAUCAAAUGUGGCAGUGACUAAUGAAAACAGAAUUGAAUACAUAUACCGGAUGGCAGACUACAAACUCAACAAGCAAAUAGCAAAACAAAUACAAGCAUUCAAGAAAGGUUUGGCUGAUGUUGUACCCCUUGAGUGGCUACAGAUGUUUGAUUGGAGGGAACUUCAGAUGUUAAUAUCAGGUGCAUCAGUUCCCAUCGACCUAGAGGACUUAAUGGACAAUACUAGAUAUGGAGGUGUAUAUAAUACUGAGCAUCCAACAAUAGUAGCAUUCUGGCAAGUUUUGCGAGGAUUCAACGAAGCACAGAAGCGACAAUUGCUCAAGUUUGUUACAAGCUGUUCACGUCCUCCACUUCUAGGAUUUAAGGAAUUGCAGCCUGCCUUCUGCAUUCAGCCAUCGGGUUCAGAAGACCGCCUUCCAACUGCAUCCACAUGUAUGAAUCUUCUGAAACUGCCGGAGUAUAGGGACCAGCAGACCUUACGAGAAAAGCUUCUCUACGCCAUAACAUCUGGAGCAGGAUUUGAAUUGUCCUAGUUAAAACUAUUUAAUUAUUCAGUGAGAUGGAUGUGAUGCGUGUUUGUCCUGCGCAUAUGUAUAUUUUUGGACUUAAACACCUGCUACUGCUGCUGCUGGUAAAUGGCAUAUAUUAUGAUCAUAUACAAAUGUUUCCAUUUGACUGCAAGACAUACAUAUUUAUUUCAUAAAAGUAUUUUUAAAAUUGCAACAUAUGUUACUUAUUUCUUUUCUGUGAGUCCUUGUACUCAAAACAUAUAUUGAUGUGCUAUUUAUUUCAUUAUACUGUUGUAAUAACUGAAAAUUAUUGGAAAAACAGGCCCUUGUUUUGAUCAUUCAAACUGAUUUGGUAUUUCAACAUACUUGUAAAAAACAAUAUGUAUUACUGGAUGAUGUCUUUGGAAAAUUUGAAAGUGGCCUGGCUCCAUUGACAGCCAUUCUGUGCCUCCCUUGAUUAUUAUGACAUAUCGCAUCAUAGUUUGUAAAGGACUGGAAUAUAUCAAUGCUUUAUAUUUUCAAAUAAUUUAUUUGAGGAAUAAACCUAACAAAAGUUCAUAAUAUUUACUAUAAGAGAAAAAUAUUUUAUGUCAGUAUUUAAGUUGUAUGUUUUAUCAUUAUUAUUAUUACAUUUUAUAUUUAU